AUGAUGAGCCAUAGAUUACUGGCUUUUCUUGCAAUCAGUCUGGCACUUUGUGUCUCCAAAUCCAGAAGUGGAGAAACUCGUUCCGUCAGCACAUCAUGGGGUGUUGUAAGAGGUGAACUGAUAUCACCUAAUGCAGAUGAUCUUCCUCCCGUUGCUCAAUAUCUUGGAAUACCAUAUGGAGUGGCACCCAAUGGACAGUUCCGGUUCAAUAUGGCAAUAUCAGCUGCUAAAUGGACUCAUAUGCCAAAAGAAGCAAAGAAGUUAUCCCCUGUUUGCCUUCAAACUCAAUUACCCGAACUUAGUGAAACAAGAGCUUUUCAAACGACAUCAGCACAACGAUUCGAUCAUGUUCACAGAUUAUUACCGAAAUUAAAAGAACAGUCAGAAGAUUGUUUGACAAUGAAUUUGUUUGUUCCUGAACGUUUAGAAAUAUCUCAACGUGAUAGUCCAUUACCCGUUAUGGUCAUUGUGCAUGGAGAUGAUUAUGGGUGGAAUGCUGGAAAUCCUUAUAAUGCCAGCAUAUUGGCAGCUCAUUCUCAGAUAAUUGUUGUUACUUUAAAUUAUCGUUUGGGAGUUUUUGGAUUCUUGGGUCGUUGCGAAUCAUCCUCAUGCACUGGUAAUAGUGGUAUAUCUGAUCUUGUAUCAGCUUUAACUAUGCUUAAUGUCAUCUUGCCUUCCUUUGGUGGAGAUCCAAAAGCUGUUAGUCUUAUGGGAUGGGGUUCUGGAGCAUCAUUAGUUUCAUUACUUAUGUCAUCUCCUCUAACUCAACCUGGCCGAAGACUAUUCCGUAGAGCUAUACUUUUGGAUGGAACAGCCUUAUCACCUUGGGCUCUAUGUCAUAAUCCUCAACCAUACUUCAUGCAGUUGGCUGAGAACUUGGGGUGUGUCUCCAUGAAUCGGUCAUCAACAUUCAAUGAAGGCGUUGACAAUAUUCUGCGUUGCAUGCAGGAUCAUUCAUCCGACAAUGUUACGAGAGCUGUUCAGAAGAUUACUGUGCCAUCAUUCCUUUCAGCAUUUGCACCAAUCGUAGACGGACAGUUGAUACCAAACAAGCCACGUGUUUCAUUUUCUGCUCAAUUUGGUUCUCUUUUCCGGGAGAUUGACUUGCUUGUGGGAAUGACAUCGAAUCCAGCUCAUCAUAUGUUAUCAAAUGAUUAUUUAUUACAAGGAAUAAGCAAAGAGAAUCGAGAAAAAAUCUUCAGAACGCUAGUUCGUAAUUUAUACGAAUUCCAUAGAUCAGAGAUCCUCGCUGCCAUCAAUAACGAAUACACUGAUUGGAAUAAUCCUCGGGAUCAUCCGAAGUCGUUGAGGAAUGGUGUUUUGGCUGCAUUGGGCGAUGUCCUUUUCACAUCUCCGUUGAUAGAAACCUUACGAAUGCAUUCAUCAGAUGAAACGCGCAAAGAAGCUAAUACAUUCAUGUUUCAUUUUGGACAUGAAACGCGUAGCUGGUUGAAUGAGCAGCCGAACAGUGGGAUUCGUGGUUCAUUAUCUGGUGAUCAUAUAGCUUACAUCCUUGGAUAUCCAUUGAAUCGUGGAGACAAAGACGAAAAGCUUUACUCCGGCUUCAACGCUGAAGAUAAGGGAAUGUCUCGUGUAAUGAUGCAUUAUAUUGGAAAUUUCGUUAAAUCCGGCGAUCCAACUAAGCCAUUGCUCAUGCCACGCUCAUUCGCUUUAGGUGAUACUUUCCAUUCAACGGCUUGGCCUCAAUUUGAUGAAAAAAGCAGAGAGGCUUAUUUAGAAAUAACUGAUCGACCAAAAGUUAAAAAUUAUUAUCGUAAUGCUCAAGUAGGCUUUUGGACAGGGUUAGUUCCUCAACUCCAUCUAUCUGGACAAGAAGGAUCGACUGUCCCAGAGGAACAUCAUUUUUUGCCAAAUCACAUGAAACGAGACACUUUUUUUGGUAAUGUUCGAUCAUUCUCUUCAUUCCGCAAUGAUCCAUUCCCACCUCCACCUAUGCCACCCUCACCACCUCCCGAGAAAAUAAAAAAGAUAACAACACCUAAACCAGCUUCAGCUUCCUCAGGAAACUCUAAACAAGGUCAGGUACAUCAAGGGAACUACAGCACUAUGCUCUCCGUUACAAUAGCUAUCGGAUGUGGCUUAUUAAUAUUAAAUAUCUGUAUAUUUAUGGGAUUAUAUCGUCAAUGUGAUAAAACAAAGAAAUCAAAGAAGAAGCUGCAAUUACAAUAUCAGACGUAUGCUUCUAAUCAUGCAGCAGUGCCUGAUCCCUACAACAAUCUAAAUUCACCUUUAUCGUUGAUGCCACCACCUCCACCACCUCUGAUGCAUUCUGGAGCACAGAUGGCAUCAUCGCAACAACCAUUGAAUUCUCUUCAUGAGGAUAUGUUCGAUCGUUCGUUAUACUUGACGAACCAACAAACGAACACAACAACAUCAUCGUGUGUGAUGCCGACAAAUCAACCGUUAUCAUCUUCUGUUUGUGGUGGAAGUCUUCCUCGUCAUUCUUUCCAGGAACAGCUUCAGGAGCCUCUACUUGCUUCAUCUCACAAAACGUCAUCAGCAGGAAUACGAAGUGGAGUAUCUCCAACCUGCCCACGUCAUGGACGAGCAGCAUUAUCAGCUGUGCAAUCAUCUUCUAGAGGGAAUAGCUUAGUAUCAUCACAAACUCCAUUAGAAGAGAUUCAAGUCUGA